AUGAAGCUUCACCUUCUACUGAUAAUUUUCUCCAUAACCCUAAUUCUUGUUCUACUAGUAGUUGUUGAAUCUUCUAAUGAUUUCAGCAGUAACAUUACAAGAGGUUCAUCUCUUUCUACUUCUUCUAAUACUAACAAUACCAGUUAUUGGCGCUCUCCUUCGGGUAACAUUGCUUUCGGUUUCUACAAAUUACCAUGCAGUAACAAUUAUUCUUCUUCCAACUGUACUCAGGACCGAUACGUUGUUGGCAUAUGGUUUUUUAAUUCGCCAACAAAAACCCUAGUUUGGACUGCUAACCGUAAUGAUCCACCGUUAUACGCACCAUCUUCGAUUCUGUUUACCGACGAAGGAAACCUCAUACUGCAGAUGGCAGAUAAUAAGGAUAAACCCUUGCUGCACGAUGUACCGGAACCAGGGUUAUAUGCCGUGAUGCAUGAUAAUGGCAACUUUGUUCUAUAUGGUUCAAAUUCUAGAGUUAUCUGGGAGAGUUUUGAUUAUCCAACUGAUACCAUUCUAGGCGGUCAAAAGUUACAAAACGGAGAUGGUUUAAUCUCUAGUAUGACCUCAUUCAAUCUUGGCUACGGUUUUUACAAAUUGUCAGUUAGGCAGGCUGACGGAUUAGUUGAUAUACACAACAUGUAUGGCAGUCGAAGGAUAGGUCCUUUUGAUGUAGUAUCAUACGGCCGGAGGCAAUAUAGACGAAGAAGUCCAAUAACCCUAAAUUUGGACAUUACUGGUAAGUUAAGUCUUGUAGGUUCUGAUGAUGUAGUACUUAGAACAUUAUACGAAGACGCAAAUUUAUAUGAAAAACAAGGAGGACAUGAUGGUCUUGAGGUAACUGAUGGUAGUACUAAUAGUACUGUUUAUAUGUACAGAGCAACACUUGAUUUAUAUGGGAGAUUUAGUUUGUGCAAGGAAAGAAUUGAUGGAGGAAAUAUCAGUGAUAAUGGGAAUUCUAUUACUCUGGCAGUAUGGUGGCCGUACGGUGAAUGGGAAACUAGACAAAACACUGGCCUCCUUGUUGUCUGCAUCACUAUUGGCAUUAUCGUUGUCGGUUUUGCUUGUUUUCUGAUAGCAAUAUUUUUUUUUAAUUUAGUCUGA